AUGACGCCCUGUAGACUUGCGGAUGCUCAACGUAUCGUAGGUACAAAGGUGUUUUGCGUGCCAUUGCAAAGCCUGGUCACAGCGGAGGAAAAGAUCCCUGCUUUUCUGGACCUCAUCAUCCGGCUCAUAGAGACGCAUGGCAUGCACACGGAGGGUAUCUACAGGAAGUCUGGGGCGGCGGCCCAGAUCAAGACUCUAAAAAUGGCUCUAGACUCUGGGGCAACAGAUAUCAAUGUGGAUGAAUUCCCUGUGCAUGUGUUGACUAGCACUCUAAAAACGUUCUUCCUUGAACUACCCGAACCACUACUGACAUUUGACCUUUAUGAUGAGUUUAUACAGGCUUCCGAAAUAAAGGACGAGCGUGAGGCAAUUCAGGUGUUGUUGACGCUGACCCAGAAGUUGCCCAAAGUCAACCGCGAUGUACUUGAGCGCCUCAUAUUCCACCUUGCCCGCGUCAUUCAACAUGAGCAAAGUAACAAGAUGUCUGCCAACGGGAUUGCAAUCAUAUUCGCACCAUGUCUACUUCGCACUAAUAAAGACCAAGGGCUGCUGAAACAAAUCAAUAAACAACAGCUGUGCAUCAAGAAAAUCUUGAACGAACAAGUAAGGAAGUAUAGGAAUGGCGAUAUUGACGACAUCUACUCCACGGAAGACGCAGACCUUCAGUCGAAUAAUUCACCAUUUGACAGCCCAGGCACUCCAAUAUCGAUGGGUAAUGUGAAAGAGCGCGAUGCAAAAUAUUUUAAAUUUCUGGCCGAUCAAAUCAAAGGAAGACCCAACUGGACUUACCAUGCAUCAACAAUGAUCAUCACAGCAUCCCUGAUAAACCAAGAGGAAUAUGAGAUAUUAAAUGAUAUCCUUACCCAGUUUUAUGGUCGUGUGAGAGCAAAAGUAACCUCUAAACGCAAGGUAUUAGCUGUACGGUCAAUUUUUGAAGACCAGAAAACAAGAGAACAAUUCGAAUUUGCACAUCCAGUAUUUUCAGAGAAUAAUGGAGACCAGCCUUUGUGCACAUUAUUUUCUUCGAACUUGGAUGAUUUAAAUAGGUUGCAAGAAUUAAUACAACUUCGUUAUGAGAGCUUUUGGUCUCCAGAAAUUAUAUCACCCAGGUAUCGGUUAACUGCUCAUCGUGAGUUAUUCGUGUGUAUUGGUGACAUCGUGAAAUACGAUGACAAAGACGCCGGUAUUGUGAAUCCUGUCAUUAUUUCACAAUACGGUGAAUUAGUAGGAAGGGGGAAAAUAUUUGAGAUACUCAAAGAAGCAGGAGGUGUUGAAUACGUUUCAAAUUUAAGCGACUUUGACCAUCAAGACGGAUCUUUUUGCGUGACUACAAAGGGCGGCCAGUUGGAUUCAUUAAUCAUACAUCCAACACGCAGGGUAUUGAAUGACCAGACAAAGAGGGAUUCUUUUAUGGCAAAUUUAAAAGACUGUCUUCAUGUGGCCCAAAAAUCCAAUCUAAAGAGGUUGGUUUUACCUCUUAUUUACUCAGGUGCCGGUGGAGUAAGUUUGAAAGAAUGUGCAUUCCUGUAUGCGUGUGCAAUUUAUGAAUUCUGUCGGGAAACCCGUAACACUUAUCUAGGGCCAUACGAAAUAUACUUCGUCGAGCAUGACAAACAGAAAGCCCAAUCCCUAAUAAGAUUUUUCAACGUUAUGUUUCCAACAUCACAAACGCAGCAUAUGUUUAUUCCAAACGAGAAUGCUCGCGUGGACUUGCUGGCUGGCCAUGCGUACGAUAAUCAGCCCCGUCUCCCCAAAGUAACUGUGAACAACGCUUAUGAGCCCAUUGAACUACUUGUGAAAGACGAAACUGCGAAAACGCGAUUCGACACCUUUCAACUAAGCGUGGAAGAAGAAACUGAAAAUGCAGGUAGAAAAUCGACGGAGGUUGGCAAAGAUCAAUGCUUGUUUGAAAGAAGUAAAACUAAGCUUGUAAUAAAAAAUGCUGAUAUUCGAGAAGAAGUAGUAGAUGUGAUCGUAUGUCCGGAAUAUGAAACUGAUGAAUUUAAAGGUUUCAUUCCGAACGGGAUAAGGUGUAGAUUUGGUAUUGAAAGAGAGUCAAUUGAAGAAAAGGUCUUCCAAACAAGGAGGAUAGCAUCAUCGUGUAUUCCUGUUGGCGAAAACAGGAAAGAGUUGAUGUAUGUCUACCAUGUCAAGGCAUCUUUGUUUCAAUGUGGGGAAUAUCCAAUUUCAAGAAAUUCCGAAGACAAUCUUCGACAGACUGUCGAGAAAGUGUUCGAUAAGCUACAUCGCCUACAGCACAAUAUCAAAUCCAUAGCCUUCCCCUUAAUUGGUUCUAUUGAUGUUGCUGACAAGGAUCUGGUGAAGUUGAUUUGCAGUCAUUUUAUCAAUGCCAUUUUUACGUGUUGCGACAACCGGUGUGACCCUGGCGAAUUGGAAGUAGUCAUCGUUCAACCAUGCGCAACCAUCACGCGUUGGCUGCAGGAAUCCCUGCAUAAAAAAUGGAACGCUGGCUGUAGCUAGACUAGUGAACAACUGUUUUUUUAUGUUUACAAUUGAAUAGCCAAAGUAAUAGAUGUAAUGAGCUAUAUUCUUAUAAGUCGGCAUAAAUUAUAUCGUAUUACCUUUCCAUGGACUAAUUUUAGGGCCGUAAUCUAUUAUGGUUUUGAUCCAAAUGUAAUGGAAAAGAAACGCGAACUUAACAACAUUUGUCGUAAUUGUAAUCAUCACCAUCAGUCCUUAAUCAUGAAUAAUGCUGAUAUGAAUACAACUUUUUAUUACUAUUGAAAGUUUGGUGUUAUUCAUGACCUCAUUAAAAAAUUUGCCUUAAUAUUCAAACUGCUGUAAUUAUUUUUGAUAUUAUGUUUCAAUCGAAUGGUAAAAAUACUUACUAUUACAAAUGUCGACAUGAACGCUGAUAUCAAAUUGAAUGGUAUAUUCAUUCGCACCUGCAUUAGGCUGCUGUUUAAAAACAAUUAGCUUUUUGGAGAUUGUUUGAACAUUUUUAUGAAAGUUUUAAUUCGUAUAUUCAGGUUAUUUGAAAGUAUUUAGCAGUUGUUGUGCGAUUGAUAGUUAGAAGAGUUUAUUUUAUGAUAAGAUAUAUCUUUAUUUCGAUUAAAAGGUACAUACUCAAAUCUAGGAUUUACUUAUUUAUUUAUUUCAUUUCGUCGAUCUUAGGACUUUUCUGGUGAAUAUUUAAGCAUCCGUAAAGAAAUUAUACUGUAGUGAUUUUUAAUUUGAAUUAUAAUGUCGUAGUUGUAUUUGUAUUUGGGUACUUUUUAUUCAUUGACCUGAAAAAAACAACAACGUGCGAAUCUGCAGUUUGUUAUGCGAUUUUUACUUGCAAUAUGUAAAUUAUUGUGGUGGGUUAGAUGGGGCAUGUGCCUCCGUUUUGAUUUAUCGACUCAUAAUUUGACAUAAUAUCCGCUUUUCGAAUACAACUAUACAUGAGAUAUUAGCCACUUCUCAGAAACUACUUUAUAAUUUUCAAAUCAAUUUUAUUUUUACUUGAUAAGCUUAUAUUGUUAGAAACUACCCUUUCAAAAAGAAUUGAGUUUCAUUCAGUUGCAUAGACACAGAAUGACACGUGCAAGUACGAAGCGUCCAUUAAAUAUGGAUUUUUUUUUCUUUCUCGCAAGCCUUUACUGGGUUCAAAACAAGUCGAUAUGCUUGUUGUUCGGCCUAGAAUCUUCUAGUUAUUGAACAAUGCAAAACGGCCUAACUCGGCUCAUAUUAAAUAUAUACAUUACUUCUCUCUAUCGGAGUUAAAUUUGUAUUUUAAGUUUUAUUUGAAUUAUUUUGUCAACGUAAUUUAUUUCAAUACAUUUUAAAGAUCAACGUGAAAGUUUGAGCCUAGCAUGUCAAACGUUUGUUAGUUCCAACUUACAUUCAAUCUUGUUUUAAUGCUUUUGAAGCUUAACGUAUGUUUUCCUAUCCAAACUACUUUUUUCGAUGUUAACUAUACACGCCUGAGUAGUGUAUUACGUUUGACAAUACAUCAUGAUUUUCUUUAAGAGAUAUUCUGCAAAGACAUCCAAGGGUAAAGAAGUGUCGUCGGCAAAUUGUGAAAAUGUGUAUUCUAUUUCAUAGAUUGUGAUGUCCUUAAUUUAUGGAUAUGAUCUUAUUUUAAUAGAUAAGAUUUAAGCGCACAGUAUGAACAUGUAGCCACUGAGUGAUUUCCUUUGUAUUUCAAACACAAUCAGAAAAUACCCGCAGUGCGUUACCGUCGAAACACCGUCUUUAUACAAUACAGUAAACCACUGUGUUAUGUCAAGACCAAAAUAAAUCCAUGAUUCAGUUUGAUAAAGAAAUUCCCAUGACACAGAGUCAAAGGCCUUUUCGAUAUCUAUUAGAAGCAGCAAACCUCGUUUUCAUCUGGGUAAUUAAGUAUAUGGUAAAUGAGUCUGGUGGCCUUUCUUAUGAACAUACACUUGAUGAAUCCAGUUUGGUAAUUGCUAAUAAGUUGUCUAUAUACAGCUUCAACCUGUUUGCAUUCAUCCAGAAUAAAUUGUAUAAACAGUAUUGUUUAUGUUAUUUGUCGGAUGUUCUGUUAGUAGGUCUCUUCUUGGAAUGCAUGUAUUUAUACAAUGUCUUUAAGUUACGCAUACAUUUCUACUUAAAACAGCAUGCUUGAGAGCUAUGCAAACAAGGGUUCCUCAUUGUGCAUAAAAAGCCUUUAAAACUCAGCCGUAAAGCCUGAAGAAUUUGGGCGUAUAUUUUUGCCAUAUUUUUUUUUUAAACAGUGGUAGCCUAUAUUAAUGUGAUUGGAACUUAAAUCUCCAUCAUUAAUAGAACAAGGCAUUUGUUUUUAAAAUAUAAAAUCGAUUAUCCAAUACAACUCCGUUUUCAAUAAUAAAUUUGGUCAUACUUUUUGUCCUUACAUUGUUUGUGUCAAGGAAACAAAAACGUUAGUUUUUUUUCUAUCGUAAGCUCAUUCAUCUCUGGACCUUAUAACGGACCAUUUUAAUUGUUAAGCAUGUAUGUUUUAAUACUGCUUUUAAAAUAUUAACAUUUGAAACGUUUUCAUCUGUGAGAUAUUUUGUUCCAUGUAUUCGAGUUUAAGCUUCUGUGCACGAUUGUUAGUCGAUUUUGUCGUAUAGGAACUGUAAGAUAUAGCUUUGCCCUUUAUCUUAUUAAGUUUAAUAUCGAAUAUACUUGAAAUGUAUUUCUUAAUAUUUUACUUCAGACAAUAUAUCAAUAUUAUAAACGGGGACCAUUUACUGUUGCUUUAUUUUGAUAUUUUUAAUUAAUAAUGUUUAAGUAGUCGAGUUCACUUAAGAGACAAUAUCUAUGCUACCAUAGCCCAUUGCCAUGGUUCAAGUUAGUAAAUUGCAAAUACAAUUGUACAAUUGAAUGCUCGGGAGAAUGAGUAACUUAGAACGUAGCAUCACUAUGUUUUUCUGCUACCAUGUAAAGAAAACCGCCAUACCCGCUGGGAUAUUGUUUUUCAACACACCAGAUUUAUUUGCAAACGUUCCAGGAUAUUAUAAGCACAAAUGUUCUGAGCAAGGUUAAUAAAGAUCGGGCACAAAGUGGAAUACUAGUUUGUUAUUUAUGUUAGAACACAUGUAGGAAACUACUAAUAUCAUUUUUUAUUUAGUUACAUAGAAAUUUACCAAUAAUUACACAUAUUUUAGACUGUCAUACUCAGACGAAAACUGCACUGUUAUGGAUUUAAACAUAUGUGAUAUGUUUCGUCAAUUUUGCUGCAUUUAUUUAAAACAUAUAUGUUUAAAUGUAAGAUAUAAAUUCGAACUUCAGAUUAUCUAUUUGUAUGUCAAUACGUCUUCCAUCGUUUUUUAUGUCUUUACCAUUGCGUGUCUUUUCCUUUUAUAUUUCAAAUGUAUAUCGAAUCUCAGCCAUAAAGUAGAAACACUUUUUUAUCCAUUGGGAUUAAUGAACAUGAUGUAUAUAUAUAAGCCGUGCUCUGUGAAAAAGGUUUUAAGUGCAUGGGCGUAAAGUGUCGUGUCAUAUAAGCAUGUGCAGACCGCACAGGCUUAUAAGGGACGACACUUUCCCCCAAAAAAUUUUUUAGAAGAAAAUACUAUCUUUAAACGAAAAUUAUCCUAAAAGCGAGAAGUGUUGUCCCUGAUUAGCCUGUCCGGACUGCACAUGCUAAUCUGGGACGACGUUUUACGCAAACUCAUUAAACCCUCUUUUCACAGAGAACGGUUCAUAUACUUAUAAAGCAAAAUGAAUUUGAAUCUUUUCCAAAACGAGAAGGCCCAGAGGGUACUAUAUGACAAGAAACGGAUUAUGGCGUGACUGUUAUAUGUGACAUAAAACACUGUAUGGCGUUCCUGUAAUAUGCGAUAUGAAAAUUUGUAUGGCGUUCCUGUACUAUGUGACAUGAAACCUUGUUUGGAGUUCCUGUUAUAUGUGACAUGAAACAUUGUAUUGCAUUCCUGUAUUAUGUGACAUGAAACAUUAUAUGUCGUUCAUGUUAUAUGUGACAUGAAACAUCGUAUUGCAUUCCGGUAUUAUGUGACAUGAAACAUUGUAUGGCAUUCCUGUUAUAUGUGACAUGAAACAUUGUAUGGCGUGAAUGUAAUAUGUGACAUGAAACACAGUAUGGUGUUCCUGUCAUAUGUGACAUGAAACAUUGUAUGGCGUUCCUGUACUAUGUGACAUGAAACCUUGUUUGGAGUUCCUGUUGUAUGUGACAUGAAACAUUGUAUUGCAUUCCUGUAAUAUGUGACAUGAAACAUUGUAUUGCAUUCCUGUAAUAUGUGACAUGAAACAGUUUAUGGCGUUCCUGUACUAUAUGGCAUGCAACAUUGUAUGGCGUGACUGUAAUAUGCGAUAUGAAACAUUGUAUGGAGUUCCUGUACUAUGAGACAUGAAAUAUUGUUUGGUGUUCCUGUAAUAUGUGACAUGAAAUAUUGUAUGGCGUGACUGUAAUAUGUGGCAUGAAAGAUUGUAUGGCGUGAAUGUAAUCUGUGGCAUGAAAUAUUGUAUGGCGUGACUGUAAUAUGUGAUAUGAAACAUUGUAUGGAGUUCCUGUACUAUUAGACAUGAAAUAUUGUUUGGUGUUCCUGUAAUAUGUGACAUAAAAAAUUGUAUGGAGUGACUGUAAUAUGUGGCAUGAAAGAUUGUAUGGCGUGACUGUAUGCAUAUAGACAAAAACUUCUAACAAUCUCAUUGGAAACCGUAAGAUUUGUUUGUUUGGCAUGUAACAUUGUAUGAUGAACCUCUACUAGUUCUGCUCAAAUCAUGCCAUUGGGAUAAACAUCGGCCUAUUGCUGGGGAUAAAUUGUUCCCCUUAGAUUUAUAGACCGAAAUAUCUAAGCAAAUCUCUUAAACUCUAUUGUCCAUAAGUUUAUUUUUACAUUUUACGUUGUAUCGCUGUAUGUUUCCAAGCGUGUUCAAAUAUUUUUCCUGUUUUCAAAAAAAAACUCUCCUGAAGGUUACUUGCUUUCCUUGUAUGCAAAUAGUGAAAACUUUAAAAACCUUCACUGAACCCGCAGGGCGAUGAGGUUUUGCAUGAAACCUCAUCUGGGCUAAAAAUGAACCCACCAUAUGGGAAUCGUGUUGCCUUUGUGACGAAAAGGUUUUGGGUUCGAAUUAGAUGAUUCACGUUUCUUUAUUGUUACAUUAUAAUUACCUCCCUUAGUUAUACAUUUUUUCAAGGGAACAAUGUGGAAAUGUUAAUUUAAAUAACACAGCAAGUUCUGUUUUCGUAUCGGAAAUCAUUAAUUAAGAAUUUCUAGAGCAUUUGAUAUUUUAGGAAUGUGUGUAAAUAAAAUACUGCAUAUAUAUUCGGCUACCUUCCGAGGCAGUGGAGUAGGAAUGGAUAGUAUGUAAUCUCCGUUGAGUUUGGAGGGCAUUCGGUUAGCUUCGUUAAAAGCGAAGUAAGUGCGGUAAUUUUGGUUGUUUCCGGAUCGUGUCUUUCCGUCGGCUAGGUGGCGCUCGGUUCGCCAGUAUAUAAAGGCUCGCAAAUAGGCAAGUUGGUCACUUCUACUUUUGAUGCGAGCAGGACAACAUCUGAAAAAAGGGUGCGGUACUCUUAGUCCUUAGGGUGACGAAUAGCUAAAGCUUCAUUGAAGGCAACGGUCCCCGGUUUGGCGCACUGUAAAUAUUUGUGGCGACUUAAUCACUUUUUAAUUUUCUACUAGAAGGCAGGUAGCCUGAUGAAAACAUUGAAUUAUAUUGUUAUUUUGAAAUUUUCCUUCCGAGGGCUUCGUAGGGCACAUCGGCAUUCUGAGGCCGCGCACAUAGCGCUCGGUGGCGGCCUCAGGAAAUCGGCCGGCUCGCGUUACAUCCUUUUGUACUUAUUUAAAACUUUCCAAACACUUUCUCUCAAACACCUGAACCAGAGGUUGGUUUUUGUAAUGUAACAUGGUAGGGUGGUUUUCUACCAAGUUUUUUUUCCAGAUCAUGUUAAUGACAAUGAGGUCAAAAAGGAAAGAUGUGAAAUAUCGAGUUAUAACUAUACUAACCGUAAACUGUAAAAAGGCAUUGCAACCGAUAUGUGCUCACUAUGAUACUAUUUUUCAUUCAAUAUCAGACGAAAAAUAAAUAUUGGAAAAUUCUGUGAUUCCUGUAUUUUCACUAUCGUCGAUGUUAUAUUGAAUCAUAUUCAAUUUUGAGAGUGAUUUAGGUUUUGUAUACAGUAUUGUUUAUAUAUAUGGUAAAACAAACAUUCGAAAUUGAAACAGCUGAAUGCUUGUGCACGUCAAUCUUUAAUCCAUACGUAUGUUGUAAUAAAUGAUAGUGGGAACAAUCAAGCGUCACAUUGUAGUGGGGUGUCUAAAGUGGCAGAAUAAUUUUGCAGUACCGUUAUGAUUUA